UCGACAUCCUCUCUCGCCCGCUUCUUCACACUGCUGUCACAGAUACCUACAGGUCUCCAGUGGACACAUGGCUUUCAACGGGAUUUCCUCGAGCCCAUAGCCUUAGUUGGGUUGGAUUAAUUCAACAAAUCCAACUACAUAAUUUGGCGUUGGGUAAAAAGAAUGCUUCUGCAGAAUAAACGAGAUCCGGGACGCUACGGCGUACUGGGUGGGCGUGGAUUCUCGAAAGUUUGUUUGACUUGAAUUAACUAACUAGUCCAGCCGGAGGGAAGAGCAGGAUUUGUCUCAUUAUUCCCAAGCCAUAAUGAUAACAGAUAUGGGGCAGCAUUGUGUGGUUCGUAUUCCUCCUGGUUUUGUAAAGCGAAAUUGCAGACCAAGAAUGGUUCUGGGCUUCCAUCUUGCGGCCGCAGACAGGUUAUCUCAAUAUCCUGUGGCUUCAGUUCUGUGACAUUUACUGACAUUGCAAGACGCCUGACACUUGUGGUUGUUGCGCUUGUUAUUGAUACUUCUCCUCAAGCAGGCGCGGUAUUGGUUGAUCGACUCCGCAGAGAAUGCACGGGAGGCCGAUUCCGUUGCAAGAGACUCUGAAGGAAGUCUAAACGACGUGAUCUGUGGGGCGGUGUCGGCGGGUAGUUAACUAACUAACCCAGCUGCCUAAUUAGUAAUAGGGCGAAGAAACUCCAGAGAUGAAUAUGGGGUCAUGGGGAGUAAUAUGGAGAGGAAAAGAACGCUGCGGGAAGAAGAUAUGCCCGGUUGAGGGGGAAAAGAGAUAAUCAAUAAUAACAAGAGAAUAAUCGCGGUGCUCUCUGGAGCAGUAGCGGAUUGUUGCUAUCCUCAUAGCUCCUGAGGAAUAAUCCGAAGGUCUCUUCACCUAGCUCAGGGGCUAAAAGUCAGUCAUGCUAGCUCGUUCCUCACGAACUACCCCGCGGACUAAACGCACUAAAAUGGUAUUCUUCAGCGAAUUGAGUAAGAAGACGCUCCAGGAUCUGUGGGACACGCGCCUCUCCGCAUGCUCUGCGGCUCACCCGCUUUACCACUGACCAUGUUGAUGGUAUCAUCGUCUCGUCGCAUCGACCGACCUUCCAAUGGAACAACACUAUCAGCGCUGUUCGAAAUCCACCCCGGGCGGAUUUCUCUGAUGAUGUCGUUGACUUACACCUCCACCGAGUAUCACACCACAAAAGGACAAAUUCAUUCUUUCUGCUCUCUGAGCAGCAACCCUGAGGAUUUGUCAAUGAGCCGUCUAAGGAUAGGAACUUGGCGAGCAAUUAAGCGCCUGGCGAGGAACGAACACUGGUUCCCGGUUUGGAUAAAAUGAGAACAGGACCUGGACUCCCGCCCCAAUUGCCAGGUUCCUGCAUCAGAAACCUUCCGGUGUGGAUACGAUGCGCAGGAAAAGCCCCCGUCUCAUCAAACAUCCCCACACCAACUUGUCAGCAUCCGAAGAUCGGCACAUUGUUCUGUAUCUUGCCGGAUGAACUUCCCCGAGCUAUAAAACUAUACCUACUGGGUAGUCUUGUUUUUUCAAUGGGAACCUGGCACGCCACAUCUAGACCAGAUCAAGGUAACGGGCAUCAACGUCCGUUCAAACAACGACAAAUAAUUAUGUCCAGGCUUGGCUCAAUCUUAUCCAAGCAGCCGCCUGUCAACAAAAUUAAUAGCACAGCUUGGCUCUAAAGACAAGAAAUCGGAAAUGGUCUGCUUGGAAACACAUAUUACCGCUCUAUUCAUUAAGCGAACUAGUUAUGGCGUGACUUCCUCCAAGCUCUUGGAAGGAGAAACCCCACAUCCUCAACUCCACACACCAGUGAGUGGCCCAGAUUACUCGAUGUCGAAGUGACCCGAACAGACACCUACAGCAGAUAAAACCUUGAUAUGAUGGAGAGGAAACACCGAGUAGCCCGCCACAUCACGCAAUAUGGAGGCCUGCCUCGGCAUAUCCAGAUGCAGGACAACAUCGGGGCUCCACAUACUCAACGUUUCAUGGCAUGAAGGAUGCGUGCAGGCGUUGAUGAGGAUGAAUAAUGAAAAGGAUGAAGCAAGCAAGCCUCAUUAUUCCAGAUACAAUCUUAGCGGCCGCCUAGAACGUUUUGAAAAUGACAGGCUGAGUGGGGCCCUACUGUUGCAUGUGCAUUAUUCACCGGUGCAUAAUAGUGCAUUAGCAUUUGUAUUGAAGAAUACAUCAUCAUUAUUAAAUUAUUGUCCUGAGUGGAAUAAGCCAUAAUUAAUAAUAAUAAUGUAUGUAUGUACUCUGUACAUGUACAUCGAGAUGAACGCACCCCUGGAGCCUAGAGCUUGGAUUCUGGGACGGGACGUGCCUUGGUUCCUGUACUGUACUACUGACUAGAGCUCGCAUUUCGCAGGGCCCACCAGGGCCUAUUAGAAUAAAAUCUCUUUUCUUUCUGCUCAAGGAAGUGCUUCCUUCCAAAGCAUGAUGAAUAAUAUAAUGCGCCAAUUGCCAUCAAACAACUCAUGUCAGAAUACGAGAACUUCCCCCUCCAGUGAAAACUAUAAUUUCUUUCUCGGUGAGGUGUAACAGUUCUUAUGAUUGCGGGUAUAGUGUAGGUAACAUAAUUUUGUUUCAUUGAGGAGAGGACUGCUCUACAUUUUUCUUGUCAAUAUUCUUUUUCACAACUCAGGGCAUCCCGGAUACCCCAUCUAAAUGGCGGCCAUCAUUUCUUCCAGAGAAAAACAUAGGAACGACAAAAAUCUCCAAUAUGAGAAGAGAUCGAAGAGGGCGACGGAAGUCAAUGAAACAUAUCCAGCACAGAAACUGGCAAACCUGACAACAUUCCAAGGGGGAAGGAAGAGCCAGAUAUGUCGAAAUGAAGGGACAGAGACAAGGGGAAUGAAUGGUC